ACAUGAAUCGUUUUGAAGUACUGCACAACAUAAAGCUAGAGUGCCCCUGCAAAUGAACAACCACAUGACGUCCGCGCUUGUUCAAAUCAAAUUAUCCAGCAGACACAACAACUCGCUCACAACAAAAACAAUCACAACAUCACGCGCAAACUGGAAGCAAGUUAUUAAAAAAUACAAUUGGAAAACAUUAAUUUAAACGACAACUGCAUUAGAAAAAUAUCCCAAUUAAAAAAAAGCAUCAAUGAAUGACAUUUAAUUAUUUCUAUGACUGAAGAUUUCAUAAACUAUGAAGAGGGAUGUUCUAAGUGAUCGACAAUUUACUUAAUUGGCGAAUUUAUAAUUAAAUAAUAAUUCAAGUGAAUUGUCUUAAGCCAACACUUAAAAUAAUGUCAGUGAAUUAAAUGUUGCAAGAAGUUUCAAACAAGACAUUUGUGAACGACAAGCGUACGAUUAGGAGCAGACAAUCACGGUCUUCGUCACGUGAUUUCAACUCUUCACGGCUGAUUUCCGGACCCCUCCACUGCGAAACCGGGCCACGGUUGGAAGACGAGUGGGACAAAUAUUCCCGCGAGUCAUCAGAUACUGCGCAUGCGCCGCGGGCGUGAUUUGAAUUUUUUUUUUCUACCUUUCCCGACGGGAGAGUUCGAGCGAGGGGAGAAAACCCGAUCAAGAUUGUGGUAUUUGCGUGUUGUAUUGGCAGCGGUUAUCUGGAGUAGUUUGACAACUUAGGCGGUGGAAGGUGGUAGUGUAGACUUGAUGAGGGAGAGAAUAGGUUGUGUGGACGGCACACAAAAACCCACGAGAAGUCGCCAGAAGUAACAUGGACUAACUCUAUCACAUGGAGUGUCAACACUAGGUUGCUAUGGCGACCGGAAUAAUAUAAAUUCACGUGAAAAUAUUUCAGUAUUCCAUAAGGAAGAUUUUCGUUUCAGGAUUUUUUGUAAAUUUGAUCAGCGAAGAGGAUUUAUACCAAAAAAUGAUAUUAUCAAUUUACGCUUUCAAAAAUAAAUCAACGUCUAUUUUAAUCUUUUCAAUAUUUGAAAUUUAGUUUCGGAAGUACUAAAACUAAAAAGACAUUUUGAAACUGGAUUUUUAGUUUUGGAUUUUCUAAGAUUAAAAGCGUGCUCGGCAAUAAAUCUUGUGUAUCUAAUCGUUCGUGUGAAGGUGGACCAUCCUAUACGGUGGCCAGAGGUAUGUUACUUGGCCAAGUGUAGGUGGCCACAGGUGUCGUAAGGCCAAGUGUAGGUCACAGCUAUGCCAGUCAUGAGACCAGACGUGGAACUCUUGACCAUUACGUCACUUCCGUCGGACGUACAACUGCUGACACCCGUUGGACACAAUGGAGCAUGUCUCAGCCGGUGCCGGUCAAAGCCGGUUCUGUGCCGGUCAAAGCCGUGUUUCCUACAGGUCUAUGUGGACACUGGAUUAGGAUAAAUAUAAUGCUAUUGAUCAAUCCUGGAUUAACGAGACGGGAUAUUUGUUGAAGAAUAUUUGUUAUAAAAUAUUUGUUAUUGGAUAUUCAUUGCUGGAUUAGACCACUGGAUAAUUCUUCUGUUUCGGUGAAGUUGACCUUUCACAUUCAUUUAUUCAAGAGAAGUGGAUAGUAUUAUAAUCUGUAUUAGAGCAUUGGGUCUGUGAAUUAGAUACUCUGUUGAACGGACGAGAAUCUUUAGCGUCCCGUGUGUUAGGCGUAGAACACUAUAACUUUCUAUAUCAGAGGCGUGGGCCGCAAGACCACUUGUAUAUAGAGGCGUGGGCCGCAACCAAAAAAAAACGUGUAUAGCGACACGGACCACUAAAAGACCCGUGUAUACAGACACCAACCACCACAACACCAGUGUAUAGAGGCGCGGACCACAAGACUACCCGUGUAUAGAGGCGUGGACCACAACCACCAGACCACCCGUGUAUAGAGGCGUGGACCACAACCACCACACCACCCGUAUAUAGAGGCGUGGACCACAACCACCAGACCACCCGUGUAUAGAGGCGCGGACCUCUGGGCAUGGAAGCGAUUUCCAUCGUCUACAUCACCGCAGAGAUCAUCGUGGGCGUCCUCUCCGUCUUCGGCAACGCGGUGGUGGUGGCCGCCAUCUGGAGGACUCGCCGCCUCCACACCGUCACCAACACCUUCGUGGGGAGCCUCGCCCUGGCCGACAUCGUCGUGGGGGUGCUGGUGGCGCCCUGCGCGGCGCUGUCCUUCAAAGGCCUGCCCAGUGAUUUCUACGGCUGUGUCUUCAUCAACAGCGCUAUCCUCAUCUUCACCAACGUCUCCAUCCUAAUGCUACUAGCUGUGGCUUUAGAACGGUUCCUCGCUAUCAAGGAACCUUUCUUGUAUCAAAGACUGUUAACAGUACGCCGGGCUGUGUAUAUCAACAUCGUGGUAUGGAUAUUGGGAUUUUUACUAGGGCUUGUUCCGCUGUAUGGCUGGAACGCUGGGUACGCCCCCAUACAAAAAUGCGAGUUCACGAAAGUUAUAACAUACGAAUAUUUAGUGUAUUUCCAGUUUUUCGGGCUGGUGCUUCUACCUUUGUUUAUCAUGCUGUGUAUAUAUAUCUACAUCCUGAUCAUUGUGAGGCGACACAUGCGGCAGACGACAGCUAUAAGGAACCUUUUCCAGCACCGAGCCCAAGACGGGUUCAACAAAGACGUCAAGGCGGCCAAGAUGCUGGCGCUGGUCAUAUUGUUAUUUGGUCUCUUCUGGCUGCCCGUCAACAUCUUCAACUGUCUGAAACUCUUCUGCCCCGACGACUGCUACUACCCGUACGAGGCGCUGCUGACCGCCAUCGUUAUGAGCCACGCCAACUCCUGCAUCAACCCUUUCCUCUACGCCGCCAGCAACAGCCGUAUUAAACGAGCCAUCAAAGAGAUCUUCGGGCUACGAGUCCCCGCUGGGGAGUUCUCCACAGACAACAACCACAUGCGCCACACCAACGGGGUCAGUCCUAACGGGGACAGGACAAACAGUCCCCCGGGGGUCGGGCGGAUCAACGGCGGACCUCCCGCUCAACCCUUCACAAUUUCCAAUGAAGAGUUCUUAAAAUUAAACACAAAACAGUCCCUGACUCCGGCUACCCCGGAAGCGGACGUCCAAGAAAACAUGUCACAUAAAACACCAACGGAUUUAGAUGUAUCUUCAGCGUUAAUCGAAGGCACCAUUCCACAAAACGAUACCCGUAGUGAACUUAUCGAUACGGACGAUUCCGAUAUCAAACCGGAUAUGGAUGAAGAAAUCGAUACCAGCGAGACAGUAUCGAAUACAACAAUCCCAACUCUCCAACAUUCCCGAGCACCGUCGACUUCCACGGUAUCGAUCUCGCUCAGUAAACCCGCCCACCCUUCCAAAAACGGCAUCCGUCGUUCGUUUCACCUCCCGCCGUCACAUCUCUUCCACACGCCGGUCAAGCUGACCAGCUCCGAGAGCAGGCUCGCCUCGCUGUCCAAAAACUACCUCCAAAACGGCCACGUCAACUUCGCGUACGUCAACGACGACGCGCGGCGGAAGCGGAAAGACGCGGGAGAGAACAACGACGACGACGAUGAAGAAGAGAAUCUCGUGCAGGCUUUCACCGUGGACGCCGAGGACAGCCACAACCACGUCGUCAUCACCUCCGACAGCAGCGACAGCGACAACAUCCGCUGGUGCGUGGAAUGCGACAACGGCCUCGUUCGCUCGGAACCCGGUCAACAAUCCGACCACCUGUCCGGAAAACAGGAAUCUCCAGACUACAAGGACAUCGAUGAUUCCGAUACCGGGGGUCAGUUCACGAAGAUAAAUUUCCUGAAACGUUUCCAUGGCGACGGGCCGACGCGGGUGAGUACGCUGUACCACCAGACGAACACAGACGAUGAGCUAGAGCUCCAGGAUUUAAGACAGUCGGAGAAUAUAUUUCAUGUCAAGGACUUGAAGAAGAAGAACAGCUUCGUGCUGGAUUUGUGUGAGGAUGGUUCAAUAAGGAACCCACUGACUGAACACACCAAGUUGUGAUGUGUUGAUACACCAAAUUGUGGUGGGUGUGUUGACACACCAAGAUGAGAUGUGUUGACAC